UCCUAGAGCAGUGACAGUUAACCUUCUUUGUUUCUACAGUGUGAUAGUUGAGAAUGCAGGAUUUAAAUAUCCCCUGAUUCUUUGAUUUCACAGUACUAUAAAUUCACGGUUUUCAGCUUUGGGUAGGACCUCAGCAUCCACUGCACACUUACUUGUCCUUGAUCAGUUCCUUCUACCCUUCCCCUCAAUACCCACUCAGAACUUGCACCUCAUCUUCACUCAGACGCUUCUUUUAUUCUCAGAUAUCAAAAUCUCCUACUUUAUACUUCAUCAGGAAAAAAAAAGGUUUUCUCUUUAACUCUCUACAUCUUUACCCACACAAUCUAUUAUGUGUAUGGAAAAGUAGCUAAAAAAUUAUUUUUAUUCAAGGGAAAAGAACAAGCUCUUCCUCGGCGCUGCCAUGGAGGUGGCAGCCAUCUCCUAGUCGGCAUUAUGGCCGCCCUCAGACCCCUCGUGAAGCCCGAGAUCAUCAAAAAGAGGACCAAGGAGUUCAUCCGGCACCAGUCAGACCGAUAUGUCAAAAUUAAGUGGAACUGGCGGAAACCCAGGCGCACUGACCACAGGGUGCGCAGGAGUUUCAAGGGCCAGAUCCUGAUGCCCAGCAUCAGCUAUGGGAGCAACAAGAAAACAAAGCACAUGCUGCCCAGUGGCUUGCACAAGUUCCUGGUCCACAACGUCAAGGAGCUUGAAGUACUGCUGACGUGCAACAAAUCCUACUGUGCUGAGAUUGCUCACAACGUCUCCUCCAAGAACCGCAAAGCCAUUGUGGAAAGAGCAGCCCAGCUGGCCAUCAGAGUCACCAAUCCCAACGCCCAGCUGCGCAGCGAAGAAAACGAAUAGACAGCUCGUGCACAUUGUGUUUGUGUUAAUAAAACCACGAAACUCAAAAAACAAAACAAAACAAAACAAACAAACAAAAAACAAAGGAAAAGAGCAAAUGUGCCAAUAUUUAAAUUAUUUCCCAUCA